UGGCCGCUGAGGUUCGGGCGCCGUAGAGGGCUCCGGAGGGCGGGAGGGGAUGAGCGCGUCCCUGGGCCGGGYGGCGGCGGCUCUACUCCGCUGGGGGCGGGCCGCGGGCGGCGGCGGCCUCCGGGUAACCGGCGUGCGGGCGGCAGGCUCGGGCGGCGGCGGCCGGGCAGAGCAGCUGGACACGAUGGUGAAGAAAGACAAGGUGGUGGUCUUCCUCAAGGGGACGCCGGAGCAGCCCCAGUGCGGCUUCAGCAACGCCGUGGUGCAGAUCCUGCGGCUGCACGGCGUCCGCGACUACGCGGCCUAUAACGUKCUGGACGACCCCGAGCUCCGACAAGGCAUUAAAGACUACUCCAACUGGCCCACCAUCCCGCAGGUGUACCUCAACGGCGAGUUUGUGGGAGGCUGUGACAUUCUUCUGCAGAUGCACCAGAACGGGGACCUGGUGGAAGAACUGAAAAAGCUGGGGAUUCGCUCCGCCCUUUUAGAUGAAAAGAAAGACCAAGACUCAAAGUGAGGGUGCUGGUCCCCUGGGCAGAGCCGCGGGGGCGCCCCCGAAAGCCUUACCCUCGCCGUCUCUGUUCCCAGCAGCUGCUCGCGGCCCGGGCUCUUAAGCAGCGGGCGGUUUUCGCUUGUCCGUCUCUGGGCUGAGACCAUCCUGUUGUGAACGUCUUGUAACCACUGCACUGUAACCCUUCAACUGUUGUGUGAUGAUGUUGCUGGAAGCAAAAUUUGUUCUUAUAUUGUCUUUUAUUCUUUGCCUGAUUCAGGGUCAUGAAUGU